CUGCUGCACAUGUGUGAUAAUUAACUCGUUACUACUCUGGUUCUGCAUACGAAGUACACACACACAUAAGUAUAAACGAUGUCUGCUGCGCCUUCGGCCUAGUAGCUUGGCACGCUCUUACUUACCUCCGAGGUUGUUUCUCGUUUCGCAACCUUCCGUUGAACGUCUUACAAAUACUCAAGUACAACUAUAAGCAAAGCAACCAGAGAUCCCCGCUAACCGGAGCGUGAAUCCACUACACUUGCGGAACCUAAACAACACCCUUAUAAUCUAGAGGAAUGUCGCGCUACGAAGACGGUUACUCCCGCAGCCGUUCAUCCCGUCAUCGGGAUCGUUCCCCCGAAUAUGCAUACGAAGCCGACAACUUUCCCACCAGUUACGAGGAAAGUCGACAGCUCGCGAAGCAAGAGGACAAGACAUAUAAUGGGGCCCACCCGCUGAAACAACUGACUUACGAGUCGGAAACUUCUUCGUACCCCCGACCCCCAUCGAACUUGCUAAUCCCCGAAUCGCACGCGCGACCGAGAUCUUUGCCAGACAAAUAUCGUAGGUCGGUCCGGGGAAGAAGAAAGGAAAGAGGUCAUAGUAAAGACAGCGAUUACGAUGAGUCGGACGAUAGCCGAGAACGAACUCCACUGGACAAGGCGCGGGGAUUUGUUGAUAAUACGUUCUCCAACUCCACCGCCGGCCUAGGCGUUGGCGUCCUAGGUGCACUGGUGGGGGGCUUAGCGGCCCGGGAAGCUGUCGACGCUACGAGCAAGCACAACGGUUACCAGAAUGACGCGGAACUUAAGCGCAACCAGAUGAUUGGCACGGUAGUGGGGGCGGCCGUCGGCGCGCUCGGUGCGAACGCGGUCGAGAAGCGGCUCGAGGUGCACCGCGAGAAGGACAAGAUCAAGCAAGAGAAAUGGGAGCGCAGGUACAGACCCGAGUCGGACGUAAUCGAGAGGCGCGAGGUGAUCAUGCGACCACGUAGUACAAGUGGGAAUGGCUCGGGCUGGAAAAGAGAUUAUAGUCCUUGGGAAGAUCGGGACCGAGAACGGCUACGUGACCGUGACUAUGAUCGUGACCGUGACCAUGACCGGUCUAGGAACCGCGGCGUCGAGCGCGAAGUUGACCCGGACGCACGUAGUUGGAGGAACGUGGAGGAUUGGCUUUACGACGACCGGAACGAUACCAGACCGAAAUCGAAUGGGCGCAAACUCAUAGAAGACGACGAAUAUCGUUAUUGAUGAACGAGGGAAGCAGGAUCGGCAGAUUAAAGUACUUAUCGCUCUAGUGGUGUACACCGGUUUUUCUUUUCUUCGAAGCUUCAUAUACAUGUAUCUAUCAUGUGUGAUAAUGCAGGUACCCGUUAUUUUUAGUAGUCACUGUUUGACUCGAAGGAUCUGUGGGUUCGUUUGAUGUUAGACUGGUGUUUGAUGCUUCAAUCUCCCUCAUAUGCCUACCUUACUACUAUGUAGUAGUAGGCCGGACUUUCUCAUGAAGCCAUACUUCAGCUCUUUGAUUAGUAUCUAUACAAUCAAUAACAUUGAAGUGGAAGUAAAAGUAAUAUUUGAUAAUGUGGUGAUGCCUACCUAGUACCUCAACUCGUUUAUAUAUGGUGAUGGCAUAUUAGCAUGUCUUAUCUUGAGACGAGGUAAUGAUGAAAUGAGACGGCAAAAUCGGACUUCGCGUUGGCUUUUCA